AUGGGUCGCGUUCGCACCAAGACCGUCAAGAAGUCCUCCAAGGUCAUCAUUGAGAGGUACUACCCCAAGCUCACUCUCGACUUCGAGACCAACAAGAGGAUUUGCGAUGAGAUCGCCAUCAUCGCCUCCAAGAGGCUGAGGAACAAGAUCGCUGGGUACACCACCCACUUGAUGAAGCGUAUUCAGCGUGGACCCGUCCGUGGUAUCUCUUUCAAGCUCCAGGAGGAGGAGCGUGAGAGGAAGGACCAGUAUGUCCCCGAGGUCUCCGCUCUCGACACCGCCGAGAACGGCCUUGAAGUCGAUGCCGACACCAAGGACUUGUUGAAGAACUUGGGCUUCGACUCCAUCCCCGUCACCGUCGUUGCCGUUUCCCAGCAGCAGCCCCAGGACACCAGGAGGUUCCGUGGUGACCGCCCUCCAAGAAGGGAUUAG